AUGACGGCGGCGGCUUCGAACUGGGGUUUGAUCAUGAACGUUGUCAACAGCAUCGUUGGAGUGAGCGUUCUGACCAUGCCGUUCUGUUUCAAACAGGUACGGUUUCGGCUAACUUACACCGGUCACACGAUUAUUCCCAUUGCAGAGGUAGUUUAUCAUAUGGUGUGUGGCGACUUUGCGAACGAUAGAUAACCUACUAGUGUGACGGCAUUGAAUGAGGGACCAUAUGUUCCGUGUUUACCUUUCCACGCGCCGUAACAGGUGCAUUAUACAGGCUGUGCACCUCAUGCUUUAUGCUGAUCUUGACAUCUUUGUACCGAAUUGCCAUUUUAGGCCCCCAUCAUGCCCCUGUCAAUAUGAAAUGUGUAUGACAGAGUUGCCAUAUUUGCAGUUUUGAAAUAACUCUCUCUCUCUCUGCUUCUCUCUUGCUGUAGUGUGGGAUAGUGAUGGGGACUCUGUUGCUGUUCUUCUGUUCGUGGAUGACCCACCAGUCGUGUAUGUUUCUGGUCCACACGGCUAACAGCACCAAACGCAGGACUUAUGCUGGCCUAGCUUUCCAUGCCUAUGGCAAACCAGGCAAAACACUGGUGGAGACCAGGUAUGUGUUCUUUCCUUUGAGAGCCAAUACUGUUGUGAUGUAUAUCUUGUGUCUUUAGAGCCUUGAUCAAAUGCUAAUGUCUGAAUGCCUCUCCCUCUUCCUCCUUCUCUCUCUUGGUCUCUCUCCCUCUCUCUCACCCUCCCUCUCGCUCUUUCUCUACAGUAUGAUAGGUCUGAUGUUGGGGACCUGUAUUGCCUUCUAUGUCGUCAUCGCAGACCUGGGCUCUAAUUUCUUCGCCCAGUUGUUGGGCCUACCGGUAGGAGUCAUGAGUUUUGAAUUACAGAAGCAAUCAGAGAAAACAAUAGAGAAUACAAUUUCCGUGCAUGAUUUGGACAAAAUAUAAAAUAGCGAAUUUUUUGGCCCAGAUAUUGCGAUUUAAAAAAAACUUGGUAAUUCCAUCAGACAUGGUUAAAACAAGUGUCAGGGUAGAGAACAUCAGUUCUAAAAUGAGAUCAUAUGAAUUAAUACAUGCUGUGCUAACUGAAUACAAAACCAAAUUAAACAAAUAUUUUCCAACAUUGUUAAACAUAUGAUAAUAGAUAGGAUUAUUACACAUACAUAUUAACCGAUGGAAUAGAAAGCUUAUGAUUGUGUAAUUAUGUAUAAGUAGGCUCAAUCAUAAUUAUAUAAUUGAAAUGAAGUCAAAUUGCUUUAAAAACAUGUAACACGUAGCCUACCGAUUGCAAGGUGCAGCCUGUGUCCAAAACAUUGGAGUCUGGUCCAGUCAUUCAACGCGAUGGCCUUUACCACGUUUGCGGCGUUAUUGUUAUGCAGACUUGCUGCUCCUCAUUCAGGCCCCAGGUGACUAAAGCUUCUCUCAACCCCAGAGUGAUGUUUUCUUCCAUGUGAUCUCCGGGUAAGUAGCCUAUGAUGUUUGCAAGCACCAACCUUUCAGUUGAAACUACUCAUCAAGUGUAGUUUCAAAGGAAUGUAGCGCUCGGUCGUUCUACGAGAGCAAAGGUCUGUUGUAGUCACGUAAUAAACAACAUGGGUGAGCUCUGUUUCAACUUCUCCCUUCAUUUUGUUAUAUAGUGUUGGGAUGGCAACUUGGGAGAAAUAUGUGAGAAAUGCAGUCUUUUAUCUCCUGUCCAGCUUUUUAAAAUAAUCUUCUUGAAGCCGUCUACAGUUACAUGCACACAAUAAUACGAUUAUUGUGAAUAGUCAGAUUAAUAUAAUAGUUUGAUUUAAACAUUUACAUUCUUUGCAAGAAUAAUGAUUUCCCUAAUGAUCCUGUUUCCAUGGACACAUCUGAAAUCAGGCUACCUGAUAGGACUUUGAUAAAUGCAGAAAAAAAUCGGCAGUCAAAAUAAACGUUCUACCACAGCGACCAUGUUGUUUUUGUGAAGCCUAUUUGAUUCUGAGUUCAGACAUGUAAAGUUUUCAAAACAAUUUCUAAGAUGAAUGCAUUCAGUUUUUUCGAACUCACUUAAUUCCUGGUAUUAAUGUUUAUGCAUCACUUGCACAAAAGAAGGAAUCUCGUGCUUUUAAUCGGUGUAUGCUUACUUUGAGUAUGAUUUACGCAGAUUAAGAUGUUUACAUGACUAAUGCCAUACUCAGUUUAAUAUAGAAUUACUAGUGUGCAUGUAAACGUACUACAGUAAGUGUAAAUAUGAAUCAUGUCUUUGGCUAAAUGUUUGAUAGGUGAUAGCCUCUGUGAUUUCUAUGUGUCUGUGGGAUGUGUUUUCGUAGGGUGUUACACUUGAAAACGCAUCGGCAAUCAAUGCCAGCUUAACGUACAGUGCAUUCGGAAAGUAUUCAGAUCCCUUGACUUUUUCCACAUUUUGCUACGUUACAGCCUUAUUCUAAAAUUGAUUAAAUCAAUUGUUGUCCUCAUCAAUCUACACACAAUACCCCAUAAUGACAAAGCGAAAACAGGUUUUUAGACAUUUUGCAAAUUUAUAAAAAAUAAAAAACAGAAAUACCUUAUUUACAUAAGUAUUCAGACCCUUUGCUAUGAGACUCAAAAUUGAGCUCAGGUGCAUCCUGUUUCUAUUGGUCAUCCUUGAGAUGUUUCUACAACUUGGUUGGAGUCCACCUGUGGUAAAUUCAAUUGAUUGAACAUGAUUUGGUAAGGCAGACACCUGUCUACAGUGGGGGGAAAAAAAUUAUUUAGUCAGCCACCAAUUGUGCAAGUUCUCCCACUUAAAAAGAUGAGAGAGGCCUGUAAUUUUCAUCAUAGGUACACGUCAACUAUGACAGACAAAAUGAGAAAAAUUAAUCCAGAAAAUCACAUUGUAGGAUUUUUUUAUGAAUUUAUUUGCAAAUUAUGGUGGGAAAUAAGUAUUUGGUCACCUACAAACAAGCAAUAUUUCUGGCUCUCACAGACCUGUAACUUCUUAUUUAAGAGGCUCCUCUGUCCUCCACUCGUUACCUGUAUUAAUGGCACCUGUUUGAACUUGUUAUCAGUAUAAAAGACACCUGUCCACAACCUCAAACAGUCACACUCCAAACUCCACUAUGGCCAAGACCAAAGAGCUGUCAAAGGACAACAGAAACAAAAUUGUAGACCUGCACCAGGCUGGGAAGACUGAAUCUGCAAUAGGUAAGCAGCUUGGUUUGAAGAAAUCAACUGUGGGAGCAAUUAUUAGGAAAUGGAAGACAUACAAGACCACUGAUAAUCUCCCUCGAUCUGGGGCUCCACGCAAGAUCUCACCCCGUGGGGUCAAAAUAAUCACAAGAAUGGUGAGCAAAAAUCCCAGAACCACUCGGGGGGACCUAGUGAAUGACCUGCAGAGAGCUGGGGCCAAAGUAACAAAGCCUACCAUCAGUAACACACUACGCCGCCAGGGACUCAAAUCCUGCAGUGCCAGACGUGUCCCCCUGCUUAAGCCAGUACAUGUCCAGGCCCGUCUGAAGUUUGCUAGAGUGCAUUUGGAUGAUCCAGAAGAGGAUUGGGAGAAUGUCAUAUGGUCAGAUGAAACCAAAAUAGAACUUUUUGGUAAAAACUCAACUCGUCGUGUUUGGAGGACAAAGAAUGCUGAGUUGCAUCCAAAGAACACCAUACCUACUGUGAAGCAUGGGGGUGGAAACAUCAUGCUUUGGGGCUGUUUUUCUGCAAAGGGACCAGGACGACUGAUCUGUGUAAAGGAAAGAAUGAAUGGGGCCAUGUAUCGUGAGAUUUUGAGUGAAAACCUCCUUCCAUCAGCAAGGGCAUUGAAGAUGAAACGUGGCUGGGUCUUUCAGCAUGACAAUGAUCCCAAACACACCGCCCGGGCAAUGAAGGAGUGGCUUCGUAAAAAGCAUUUCAAGGUCCUGGAGUGGCCUAGCCGGUCUCCAGAUCUCAACCCCAUAGAAAAUCUUUGGAGGGAGUUGAAAGUCCGUGUUGCCCAGCGACAGCCCCAAAACAUCACUGCUCUAGAGGAGAUCUGCAUGGAGGAAUGGGCCAAAAUACCAGCAACAGUGUGUGAAAACCUUGUGAAGACUUACAGAAAACGUUUGACCUGUGUCAUUGCCAACAAAGGGUAUAUAACACAGUAUUGAGAAACUUUGUUAUUGACCAAAUACUUAUUUUCCACCAUAAUUUGCAAAUAAAUUCAUUAAAAAUCCUACAAUGUGAUUUUCUGGAUUUUUUUUCUUCUCAUUUUGUCUGUCAUAGUUGACGUGUACUUAUGAUGAAAAUUACAGGCCUCUCUCAUCUUUUUAAGUGGGAGAACUUGCACAAUUGGUGGCUGACUAAAUACUUUUCCCCCCCACUGUAUAUAGUUGACAGUGCAUGUCAGAGCAAAAACCAAGCGAUGAGGUCGAAUGAAUUGUCCGUGGAGCUCAGAGACAGGAUUGUGUUGAGGCACAGCUCUGGGGAAGGGUACCAAAACAUUUCUGCAGCAUUGAAGGUCCCCAAGAACACAGUGGCCUCCAACAUUCUUAAAUGGAAGAAGUUUGGAACCACCAAGACUCUUCCUAGAGCUGGCCGCCCGGCCACUGAGCAAUCGGGGGAGAAGGGCCUUGGUCAGGGAGGUGACUAAGAACCCGAUGGUCACUCUGAUAGAGCUCCAGAGUUCCUCUGUGGAGAUGGGAGAACCUUCCAGAAGGACAACCAUCUCUGCAGCACUCCACAAAUCAGGCCUUUAUGGUAGAGUGGCCAGACGGAAGCCACUCCUCAGUAAAAGGCACAUGACAGCCCGCUGUGAGUUUGCCAAAAGGCACUUAAAGGACUCUCAGACCAUGAUAAACAAGAUUCUCUGGUCUGAUGAAACCAAGAUUGAACUCUUUGGCCUGAAUGCUAAGCAUCAUGUCUGGAGGAAACCUGGCACCAUCCCUACGGUGAAGCAUUGUGGUGGCAGCAUCAUGCUGUGGGGAUGUUUUUCAGCGGCAGAUCCUUGAUGAAAACCUGCUCCAGAGUGCUCAGGACCUCAGACUUGGGCAAAGGUUCACCUUCCAACAGGACAACGACACUAAGCACACAGCCAAAACAACGCAGGAGUGGCUUCAGGACAAGUCUCUGAAUGUCCUUGAGUGGCCCAGCUAGAGCCCUGACUUGAACCCGAUCGAACAUCUCUGGAGAGACCUGAAAAUAGCUGUGCAGCGACUCUCCCCAUCCAACCUGACAGAGCUUGAGAGGAUCUGCAGAGAAGAAUGGGAGAAACUCCCCAAAUACAAGUGUGUCAAGCUUGUAGCGUCAUACCCAAGAGACUUGAGGCUGUAAUCGCUGCCAAAGGUCCUUCAAAGUACUGAGUGAAGGGUGUGAAUACUUAUGUAAAUGUAUUCUUUCUGUUUUUUAAUUUGAAUACUUUUGCAAACAUUUCUAAAAAACAGUUUUUGCUAUGUCGAUAUGGAGUAUUGUGUGUAGAUUGAGGAAAAAACAAACAUUUUAAUCAAUUUUAGAAUAAGGCUGUAACGUAACAAUGUGGAAAAAGUCAAGGGGUCUGAAUACUCUCCGAAUGCACUGUAGGUGGCUGGCUAUGGCUCAAUCGUCGUAAAGUAGGGAUGGUUCUUCUUCAAAUGAUUGAAUAAAUGUGUCGUGUUGUCGCCACAACUCAAAGGCACUUUUUGCACAACAUUUGCAUUUGGUUGACAUCGGUUUGCCUGUAGCCGAAAUACUGCCAUACCACCGAAGAUGCGCCCUUCUUUGGCAUUAAAUCUACAUUCUCGUUAGCGCUAGCAACACUCAUGUUUAUGACACUCUGUGAAGCCCUUUCUCUCCUCACCAGCAUCUAAGCGGGGACGAUUGUGAUUGGCCAGCAUGUGCAUGCCAUGCAGUGAAUGAGAGCCCGCUUGUGAUUGGUCAGCAUCCUCUGUGCAUGUAGAGAGUGAAUGAACAGAGUCUAGCGCAUCUCAUUGGAGGAGGUACCGUAGUCUAGUUUUUGUUGUGUUGACGGAGUGUCAAAGAAAGGAGAAAAUAACAGCCUCUUGCGAUAUGGAUAUUGUCAAUAUCGCAAUUUCGAUCUGAAUUUGGUUAAUUGUGCAGCCCUAAUACAAUCCCAUCUUCCCUAACCCAGUUUACAUGUGAAAGGCACCUAAUAAGUCACCUGCAUAUAGACAAAUAAUGUCAUCAUAAGGGGUACAUAAACAUUCAUAAAUGCUCUGAUUAGAUGUACAGUCUCAGACCUGACUGUGUGUGAUGUGAUUGGUCUGAUUAGUUUCCUGUCCCAACCCUCCCCAAGGGCUGCGUUCAGUACGAAAAAACGUAUUGGAAUGUUUAAUUAAACGGAAACGGUGCUGUACUGAACGACCAGUUGAAAAAAAACGGGGAGGAGUUGGGUUGGGGAAUGCUGUCAGCGUGGCCGCUGUCCUUUUAAAUACGUCACUCAUUGCUUCAAGCCACACUCACCAAACGGAGCAGACGUCUGUUCAAGAAAGUACAAGAACGUUUUGGGGAAACAUGUCAUUCAGUACAAAAUGUUCUGCAACAUAGAAAACGUUCAAUCGAACUGAACACACCCCAAGUGUAAUUUAGUUUCCUUGUACUGUUGCUGAUUGGUUUGAACUGAUUGUAUGUGUGUUAUGAUUGGUUAGAGCUUGUGUCCUGUCUCGCCCUUCGCAGGUGUCAUUUGGUUUCCGUGUGCUGCUGCUGAUCACGGUGUCUCUGUUCAUCGUGCUGCCUCUCAGUCUGCAGAGGAACAUGAUGUCAUCCAUCCAGUCCUUCUCUGCCAUGGCCCUCAUGUUCUACACUUUCUUCAUGUUCACGGUGAGACCGCAACCACACGGGUAUGGGAAGGGGUACAGGGCUGCCUGCAACAGGUGUAAAAGAGGGCCCUACUCAGAUGGGUAAAAUGUUGAGUUUUGCUAAUAUACAUUUUACUCGAUAGAGGAGCCAUAAUUCUUUGUAAAAACCUGACAGAAUGUCUGUUGACACUGUGUGACUCCCUUGUCUUUUCGUUGACUCUAUUGUGAAAAUGUAUUGAUGUUGGGAGUAUUGUUGUGAUUGUUGUUGAUGUUAUUGUCGAUGGCUCUGUGUAUUUCUGUAGUGUUUGCACUGCUUUCACAGUUAGUCUUUAGCACUGCUACUGUAGUAUAGUGUAGCCUCUUUGUGCUAUCCUGUGCUCUGCCCCGACCUCCUGUAGCAAAACCAUGACAUCUCUACUGAACACCACUGUGAGUUGGAGUACUGUGGUGUCUGCGAUUAGAACCAGACCCAGUCCUGGCCCUGACCACCACCCAACCUGGUCCAGACCACUAACCCUCUAACUGAUGUAUCUCCCUUCCUCUCUUACUUUCUUCUCUCUCACUGCCGUUCUUGACUCCCCUCCCCCCCCCCCCCCCCCCCCUUCCCUUCCUUUCUGACACCUCCUUUACGAUUCUCUCUACCUUCCUCUCCCUUGUGACUGUUUCUCUCCUCUCCUGUGUUGCUGCUGACUGCUGUCUGGCUGGCUGCUGUAGAUAGUCAUGUCUUCUCUGCGUUACGGCCUGAUCUCAGGCUCCUGGUUCGAGCGCGUGCACCUGUGGCGGGUCAGGGGUGUCAUACAGUGCCUGCCCAUUAUCGCCACCACCUUCUGCUGUCACCCGUAAGUAACCAUGGAAACGACCCUUGAACUCCGACCUGGGGGAAGGUAUCAACUCCGACGCUAAGGGGACGAAAUUCAACCCCCACCCACCUACCACCUCCCAAAACUAAUAGCAUCCUCAAUCUCAAAUCAAAUUGUAUCAAAACCAAUCCUCGCAUUUCCAUUUCCUCUCCCCUCUUCAAAUUCAUUUUUGUUUGUCUUUAGGUGGUUUGUGUGUCAAUGGUGUCUAUGGUUUGGAGGCAAGGGGGUGCACAAUUAUUGAUUGCUCAACCCCUGCCCCCCCUCAACUGCCGUCCUCUGAUGUGGAGGAUGCUCAUGGAGCUCUCUCUCUCUGGUCCUCUGGAGCUGGAUAUGGGAAGCAACUACAGACCGUAAAUGCUGUACCGAUCAAAACAUCUGCCCCUCCUCAAAAAUAUAUUUAUUUUCUUGAUCAGUCUUCAAAUUCUGCAUUCUAGUUGGUAGGGCUGCACGAUAUGGGCAAAAAACAAAUAGCUAUUUUUGUACCAAAUAUUGUGAUUUUACUUGCCAUUAUCGAUCAAAACACUUGGGUAAACUGUUGGAAUCAUAGAAAUGGAAUAAUCAUUUUAAUUUUAUGGUUGGAAUACAGUGGGCACUUGCAGUUUUGUUUUGCAUGACAACGAAUGAAAAAGUAAGGGAGGAGAUGGUUAUGACAGAGCAGGAACCAAAGUGUUGGUCAGUCUUUCCCAUGGGACCCUAAUUAGAUUUAAAUGGAUAGGUACAUUCAUACAAAGAUUUUAGAAUAUUCUUCACCUUUUCCUCUCUGAUUAAGAACCAGCUGUUGCACAAACAAUGCUGAUAUAGCGGCCUGUAUUAGAGCAAAAGUUUGCUAGCAAGAUUUGCCCUAUCAGUGGAUUUAGCUAGCGAUUAGCAUUAGGGGCUAACAGGAAACCUUUCAGCAUAUUUGCAGCUUCCUAAGACCAACUAAGAGCAAGUUACACAAAUAAAUAGUAUAAUAUAGAAAAUAUGUGGAUUUAUAUUAAGAAGCAAGGUGGAAAGUUGUGUUGUUCUUGUUUGGAAAAAUCUGUUGACUGCAUGCUGUUUGGUCAAUGCAUGCAGAGUGAAUCUCGAGCAUGAGGAACUGCCUGGUUGAGUGACAGGGGGUGGAGAGAACUCUGUCAACUCAAGAAAUAAAUCCAAAGUAAAAAUACGGGCAUUACAGAUGGCUGUUUCGAAAUAUCGCAGCCUCUUGUCAUAUGGAUAUUGCACAUGUCAAUAUCGCAAUUUAGAUUACAAUUCGAUUAAUCGUGCAGCCCUACUAGUUGGGCAUUGGGCAUGUGUAAAUCUCUAACAGGUCCGAGAGGAUGAUUUCUGAAAUCGUCACAACCUUAUUUGGACAGGAGGAGACCUUUUUUUAAUCAACAUGGCAUAUUCUGUCUCAUUUUAAAUGUUGUGUUCAAAUUCAUUUUCUCCGGUUCCUCCCCUCUUCAUUCUUUCAUUCAUGAUCAGACAGGCCUUCAGCAUGGGCUUCUCUCCUCCUCUUCCCCCUCCUCUUCCUCUUUUGGUUCAUGCCAUAACUCCCCCUGCUCUCCCCCCUCCCUCCCUCAGAUGGUGUUGUCCUCAUUCAAACACGGGCUACUCAGUGGCUUUUGGCUGGGGCGGGUCAGUGUGGUGCGCUGGGACGGUGUCUUUCGCUGCCUCCCUAUCUGUGGCAUGGCCUUCGCCUGUCAG